GGCAUCGUGUAAAAGUACAAGUCAACCACCGUCCACCGAUCUCCAGUCUCGUCUGAAUCUCUGCCAAACAAUAAAACCGUGCGUGUAUACAUACUUACAUGAAAAGCACACAUAUCAUAUCUACGUAUACAGACAAAGACAACAUUUGUAAUAGUAACUCUGUAUUAUCUAAGUAGUUGUAUUGUCUGAAUUUGAUCCGCCACGCAUGUCCCUGCCUACUCAUUCUCCGCUUAGGCUUCCUUCUUCUCCUGCAACAUCUUCCUUAUUUGGGCCUCAACCUCAAUCAUUACCCAGACUCAGUAGAAGAAGAAGUAGAAACUAUCGAUUGGUAUGGGCCCAGAGUGGUAAUAACAAUAUGGACUUCAUUCGUAAACUAAGCACGACUUACUUUAUGGAUCGGUCCAGUAAGGAGCAGCUUGAGUCUGUUUCUGGCGGCCAGGAUGUUUUUGACCCGACUCCGGAUGAGCAAGCUGACCAUCUUGUCAUUAUGGUCAAUGGUAUUGUUGGAAGUUCUGAAGAUUGGAGAUAUGCAGCUGAGCAAUUUGUAAAGAAGCUUUCUGGCAAAGUUGUAGUUCAUCGCAGCGAGUGCAAUUCGUUACAGUUGACUUUCGAUGGUGUAGAUCGAAUGGGCGAGAGGUUGUCUGAAGAGGUAUUGGAUGUUGUCACACAAUGGCCUGCGGUAAACAAAAUAUCCUUCGUCGCUCACUCGUUGGGAGGUCUUGUUGCGAGGUAUGCUGUAGGGAGGCUUUAUCAGCAUCAAGGAGGUAAAAUUGCUGGAUUGGAACCUAUAAAUUUCAUAACAGUAGCAACUCCGCAUCUUGGUUCAGUGGGCAACAAACAGCUUCCGUUCCUCGGCGGUCUUCCUUUCCUUGAGAAACAAGCCUCUCAAACUGCACACUUGAUUGCUGGGAGAUCUGGGAAGCAUCUUUUUUUAACUGAUAAAGAUGAUGACAGGCCUCUCCUCCUCCAAAUGGUUUAUGACCUGGAUGAUCUUAAAUUCAUAUCAGGUUUGCGGUCUUUUAAACGUCGUGUGGCAUAUGCAAAUGCAAACCAUGACCACGUGGUUGGGUGGCGAACAUCGUCAAUUCGACGUCAGCAUGAACUUCCAGAGAAGGAUCUUCUUGUCGGGGAUGAUAAGUACCCACAUAUUGUAUAUGUCAACCGAGAAACAACUGAAAAUAUUCAGAGGGAGGUAUCAUCCUCAGUCAGCACGCAGACAAAUGACUUGGAAGAAGAGAUGAUCAGAGGCCUCUCUCAAGUACCUUGGGAGCGUAUAGAUGUUAGCUUCGGUAAGAGUAGGCAAAGAUAUGUUGCACACAGCACCAUUCAGGUCAAAAGCUAUUGGUUAAAUUCUGAUGGUGCCGACGUGGUUCUCCAUAUGAUAGAUAACUUUCAUGUUUAGCAUUUAUCUAUCUGGUAGAGCCUUGUGUUUUGCAGAAAUUCAGCAAGUAAUUCAGAAAAACUGCAUACAGAACCAGUCAUCUGUUUGACUGUGUCAGGUAUCUGGUGAAUCUUACAUGAAAGAUCUGAAGUUCUGAAGAGAGCAAGCGGAUCAAGCUUGGUUAAAAACAGAUUUUUGUAAUUGCUACUUGCCUUUGUAUAUGACCUGGUUAUGAUUCUUGGAUUUCUUUAGAUUCAACUGACAAGCCGGUUGUUAUAUUUGGAAAUCCAGAUUGUUGAAUUAGUAGUCUGAAUAAAAUUUUAAUUUUUUUAA